GGGGAGGCGGGGUUCUCAUCGAGUAGCUCUGGUUUUGAGCAUGAGUGUCGAAGGAGAGCCGAAGCGUCCCCAUACACAACGCGGCGACUCGGCCGCGUCAGCUCAGCCCGGCGGCACACCGGUAAGCAUCCGGGAAGCAAUGUGCUGACAAGCGAACGCAUUCACUCGAGAGAGCACACAGCAAGACCACUCACAUUCAUCGUGUCUGUGUGUGUGCGUGUGUUGCAGUCCAUCAGUGAGGGUUUGGUUCGUCUGGAGGAGCGCAUCGCAUCGCUGCACACACACAUAGAUCUGGCACGUGGCGCUUGAGAGGCCCAAUGGCCUCACUGCUGGUGUGCUCUCAUCCACUGUGUGUGUGUGCGGUGCCUGCAGGUCACACGAGAGGCUGCCGGUGUGCAGCAGCUCUUUGACACCACAGUCGCCGCACAGGUCAACCACACACACACACACGAGAGCACUGCAGCCGUCACUCUCUCCCUGGUUGUCUGUGUGUGUGUUCGGUGCAGGCGCCAUUGGCGCCGAUAAGUGGGUCAGCGUCUUCGCCGCUCUCUCGUCGGCUGAAGAUGCGCUGCGCGGCGUCGACGAUGGCGUCAAGGGCACCAUUCGGCCCAUCGGCUGGGCCAAGCCGCCCCCGCCCGCCGACUCGGCCGAGGGCCUGCCGCCUGAUGUCUGCCGCGACGUCAUCUACCGGUGCCUUCCCAUCGAUGAGGCCGUCUGCUCGGCCCGCCCCAUCAGCAGGGCACACGGCAGCCAACUCGUCAAUGAGGCCUUCGUGCAGCGUCGCAUCGCCAAGCACCUCAGCCGCCACUCGCUGACCGGCCUCAUCGACGUGGAGCGGACAGCAGCAGAUACAGCCAAUGCCGCGGCACCCACCCCUGCCCCUCACACCAGCAGCAGCAGCAGCAGCAGUGACGCACCGGCCGCUGCUGGUGGUGGCGGCCCUCAUGUGUCGCAUUUCUGCUAUCUGUCCCAGUGCUGCUAUGCACUCGAGCAUGGCGGGGCGGUGUGGUGUGAGCAGUGGCCCGACUUCAUCCGGCUGGCUGACAUCUACAAGCUGACGCCCUCGACUGGCCUGCCGCUGAUCAUGUCGGCCCAGUGGAUGGCGACCCACCUGCCCACCAAGGCCGACUUCCACACCAUGCCCCUCGCCCUUCGCCAGUACAGCACAUUCGGCCACCUCCUCAACUACAAGGGGACCAGUCUGGCGAUCGAGAAGCUGGAUGAGGCCGACGAUGGCGACGAGGCCAAGAAGGGGGACGGUGGUGUGAGGAGGCAGCGCUACAGGAUCGGCGCUGUCUACUUCACGAUGGUGCCGCUGUCCGCCCUCCCUGCCGACAGCCCCUUCCGUGAGACAUACGACCCCCACAACCCACCGAUCCGCUACGAUUGCCACCUCUUCCCCUCAUUCACGUCCUUCAUGAAACACCUGGUGUUGUUCGAGUGGUUUGACCCAAAGGGGGUGGACGAGAGGCGGGUAUUUUGGGCGAGACUGGGUGGUGGCGAUGAGGGAUAUCGGUCGCUGCUUACCGACGCCAUAGACGGCAACACCACCAUCGACUACACCAAUGACGGGCAGGGGGAUGACGGGCGGCAGCGACUCAUCAUCCUCAAGGGCAUGAAGGAGGACGACACUAUUACUGCCUACCUGUACCUAAUCGAUGGCAACAUCAAGCUGUUCACGACCGAGGCGGCCAUCGAGGGCCACACGCGGCUGUCCGCCCGAUUCCCCAGCGCGAUGCCAUUGACCCGCACCCUGUUGACAAAACACGGCCUCGCCCACAUCAUACCACAGUAGAGGAAACACACACAAGUGAGCCGCGGUGCGGAAGGGACAUUCACAAGCACACAAGGGGCAUGCCUUGAGUGCCCGAAUGGCACUGGUGCGUCUCUCUCUCACUCUCUCACUCUCUCUCUCUCGGUGUGUGUGUGUGUGCGUCUGUUUGUGUGCAGAUGAGGUUGUUCGUCGACUGGUGCUGCUGGCAGUGGAGAAGCUGGCAGCGGUGUGUAGGCUGAUUGUGGAGGGCUCACUUCUUGCAGCGACAUGUGAUGAGAUGGGAUGGACGGGCGCGGUGUCGUCUGCCGACAUCUGUACAUGUACAGUACAUGUCGUCUGUAAGUGCGUUUAUACGGCACACAUCAUCCUUUACUGCGGUGUUUUGUACGCCCACAUCAUACCGCAGUAGAGGGGGGGAGACAAUGCAAGUGAGGCAGAUGAUGACGGCGGUGUGCGGAUGUGUGUAUGUUUAUUGAUGACAUUGUGCUGCUGCUCCUGUUAUUGAGAUGGAG